AUCAUCAUUCGAACAGAUACACAUCACACGAAGAAAAAGAACUUUCCUGAUAUGAAAACAAAGCCCAGAAAUCUUUAAAUAUGUUUAGCAAACCUAGAAGCUGCACGUUCAGAUCUCCCUGUAUGAGCAGUACCAGUAGGGAGGAGAAGACGCUGGAUGUGGAGGUGUUUCGUCAUAUUCAGAACAGACAAUAUGGCGGGAAACACCUUUAUCUUAACCAAGAGAAGCUGAUGUUGCCUUUUGUCUCUCAGCAUGUACCACCAUUACUGGCAGAAAAGGAAUAUGAAAUGGGGAAAAUUAAUAAGAUCUUUGCCUCUCAUUGGCUUGAUGAUAGACAAGUUGCCAUUGGAACUAAGUGCAACAAACUGAUCAUAAUGGACACCAAAACUGGUAAGCAGUUUAAUAUUCCAUCAUUGAAAAGCAGUAAAAACAGUAUUCCUGCUGAAUGCCCAUGUGGAAUCCACAGUAUUGCCUUAAAUCCUUCCCAGACCCUGUGUGCCACAGGGGCAGAGAAUACAAAUGACCUUGCUGUGUACCAGCUACCGACCUUUGACCCUGUCAUGGUGGGAGAGAAUGGUCACUGUGACUGGAUAUUUGAUAUCACAUGGAUUGAUGAUGAAUAUUUAGUAACAGGGUCUAGGGAUAGCAAGCUGGCCUUGUGGAGGGUAGAGACAGCUGACACCGAUUCUGAUGAUAAUGAACCAUCAAGCAGUACUGGUAUACAUAUGCCAGAUUAUGCCAUCACUAAACCAGUGAUAUCCAGGUUAUGUGAAAAGGCUCAGAAAGUUAGAGCCCUAGCCUAUCACGACGAGAGAAAGGAACUUGCUGUUUUAUCACUAAAUGGAUGCUUUCAUUUGUGGGAUGUGGAAAAUUUUAAUGCUAGAAUUCACCGAUGUCUGAUACACUCACGUGAGAAUGUGUGUAUGGCGGUGUCUAAGAAAUAUUGUAGUUAUGCCGUAGGAUCACAGUCCCAUAUUGAUAUACUAGACCCUCGAUGUCCCAACACACAGACAUCAAUCUUGUCCAAGUAUCGAGGCAGUGGUGUACGGUCCCUGAGUUUUACUGACGAUGUCCACAAAUUUUUUACAGGUGUACGUUCCCUGAGUUUUACUGAUGAUGUCCUGACAAUUGGAACUGGAGUGGGGGUGGUCCUAUUCUUUGAUGUCAGGGCUGGGCGGUACCUGGAGAGUGAUUGUGGACAUGCAUGUUCUCUAAUGGCAGGAAGUGGCUGGCUGCGUCAUGAUGAAACUUACCGGGACUUUUUUUGGGAGGCGGAAUAUCCAAGUGCUAUUUAUACUCAUCGUUACAACAGUACUGGAACUCAUUUAUUCACGGCUGGAGGUCCACUCCCAGCUGGUCUGUGGGGAAAUUAUGCUGGACUCUGGCAGUAGAAUAAACAUAGUUGAAGACCAACAUUUAAUAUCCCAUUUAUUAUAUGAUCUGUUAGGAUUCUUACCUUAAUUUUUUUUCUGUAUUAGAGAUUUUAAGGGAAUCCAGAUUUAAUUAAACCUAGUUUCUUAUUAGAUAAAAAUCUGAUAAUGUGAUGUAAAGGCUUUUGUUGUGUGCUUGAGUGUUGGAUGUAUGCUGCAGAUAUAAGAAUGAAAUAACUGUUAACAAUAUUGUCAUCAGUUUCAUGGUGAAAUGAUGUACUGUAUGUUUUAUUAUUACAUGUACCAUGUUAUGAAGUUAAACAAUAAUAAAAUUAACUAAUUACC